AUGCCGGCAAUCAAAACGCCGGAGGAUGCGCCCGAGGAUGGCUACCGGGAGAGCCUGGCUUCGACCCGCCCGCGCGCUGAUCGGACGCUGCCAACGCUGCAGGACCUCACGCUUCUGGACGAAGGAAGCGCCGAAGACCGAUGGUCGUACCCUCUGUACACCAGCACAUCGCUGCAACCUUCUAGCUCCGUGCGGAGCCAGCGCAACUGGAAUGAGUUCGAUGGUCAGCACGUAUCGCCACUGCCCAGCCCACUGAUUCGCACGCCUCAAGACGAGAACUGGAGCUCGCCGAUGGUCGAGGACUCCAAGACCGAUGCCUUCUUCAACGCAAGCCCGUCGAUGCCUACACCCAAGCCGCCCGCGAGUAUAUCGCGCAGCGUCAGCAGCCAUGUCGCUGGCAAACCGCCUGAGUCAUCUCAGCGGCGCCAACGCGCACUGAGCAAUCCCUCCGAGCCGAAUCGGACGUUGUGGGCGCCUGAGGCACCUGCGUCCUUGGUGCCGCCACGCACACCCUUGAUGAACGAAAGCCGGCCUUACAAAGAGCGCCCGCGGCUACCGGUCGAGCCCGAAACACGGCCCAGCACGACAUCGCGGCACAUUCAUGGACCAUCCGUCAAUGUCACUGACGAUAGUCUGUUUCCACCUGAACCGGUACAGAAAUUACCUGAAGAACGGCGCGAGCGGCCGCUGAACGAAGCGCUCCUCGAUGCGUUGGACCGUAUCGACGAGGAAGAGGAUAAUCGCACUGGACGUGUCGGCCCCUAUCGCAUCGUGUCUCAGCUGGGCACAGGUGCGUUCAGUAAGGUCCUACUCGCUGAGACACCCUCGCAUGGCCGUGUCGCGCUCAAAAUGAUCGCGUGUGACCCAUGGACCAUUGACAAGCGCAUGCGCGUCAGUUGGCUCCGGGAGGCAGAGAUUCUCAAGCACAUUUCGCACCCCAACAUUGUCCAGUUUAAAAAUGCGUUCCGCACACCCCAUCACUAUGCACUCGUGCUAGAGGCUGUGGCGGGUGGUGAGCUGUUCGACUUGCUUGCAAGCCACCAGGCGCAGAUCUCGCAGCGCGAGUGGCUCGUGCGCCGUCUCUUUGGCGAGCUAGCGACGGCUGUGCACUGGAUGCACGACGCUCAUCUCGUCCACCGUGAUAUCAAGUUGGAAAAUAUUAUGGUCACCCGGACGCUCUUUGGCACGAACAAAGAACUGACGCCUUCGCAGUUGGGGCCCAUGCCCCUCAUCAAAAUUACAGACUUUGGACUUGCGCGUUUCGUAAAUGAAGAUCAGCUGCUAGAGACGCGCUGCGGCUCAGAAGAAUACGCGGCGCCCGAGCUUAUUAUGGGCAAGAAGUACGACGGUCGCAAGACUGACACGUGGGCUAUGGGGGUCGUGCUUUUCGCGCUCCUGACAGGGCAGAUCCCCUUCCUGGAGCAUACGAGUGGCGCGAGUGACCAGCGUGCGUUGCGCAACGUGCGGGAGCGCGUAAUGAGUGUGGCCGAACGCGAUGCACAAAACCGCAAGGCACACCUGCUUCGCAUCGCCAAGGCCGACCUGAGCUGGCCCGAGCGCACGAACGACCUCAGUGAGGAUCAGCUCACAGACUCGUACGACCCUGCUUUGCGCCUGCUGACGCCGCGCUCGCGUCACACCAUUUCGCGAUUCCUGCGGCGAGACCCCAAGCGCCGUGCACACUGCCUUGAGCUAUGGCAGGACCCAUGGUUCCUCUACGGCAGCUUCACGGCACCCGAGCAGGCGCAUUCGCCCGCACCGUACGAUGAGGCAACCGUGCUGUGUGUGGCCCACGAAGCGUCUGCGCAUAGGCAAGGCAUUGCUCUGCCCUAUUCUCCCCUCGACCCGCGGGGAAAACAAUGGACGGCCAAUCAGCCCCCCGCGCGUUCCGUGUUUGGAGUGGAUCCACUCGAUGAAUUUACUGUGUUCGUUUCCGACUGGAUCUGGGAGCGUACACGAGGACUCAGCAAUGUCGAGAUUGAAGCCAAGGUCGGCACACUGAUCGAUCGGCACACGAAUAUGCGUCUUCAAUUGCCUGUAUUUACAGAGACAGUGGUCGACACACGCGCAUUGGGAGUCCGCUUCGAGAGCAAUGUGCCCAUGAAACAGCAUCGCAGCUUUAACCAGCUUCUCAAUGAGCUUGUUCAGUAUUCGGCUAGCAUGGAUGAGAGUCAGCGCGUAUCGUACAAGCAUGUGCGAGAGACAGACGCUUUCUACGAUGAACACCUGCCUACUGGCGAAAGUGUGCACUUGCGAGUCACGCGCGACUCGCAAACACAACAGAUCAAGCCGGGUGGUGUAGUGGCCAAAAAGCGGAUCGAUGAUCUGAACAUUUUCUGUCCCAUGCGCAUGUACGACUACAGAAUCAGUAUCAGCACGGAGACUCCCAUGCCGCGGCCACCAGAGAACAGUACUCCCACGUUUGUCCGGGACAAAGACCGUUUAUCCUAUUCUCUCCAAAGCUUCCAAGUGGACCUGACACAGGUGACACUGCCAAACCGGGAGCAGCAACCCGUGCAUGAGUUGGAAGUGGAAAUCCGCCAGGCCGAUGAGCUUCUGCGGUGGGCACAAUAUACCCGUGCUAGCGGUGAAUCGCAAGAAGAAUGGACGCAGUUUGAAGAUCAUAUCCUAGUGUUACUCAACAAUGUGCGGCUCCUAAUACGCAAUGCGAACAGCUAUCCGAGGGAGGGCGAUGGUCAGCAGUGA